AAGUGAACCUUGAAGAUGGAUUGAGUCAGUUCAGUCAACACCGGACACAUAUACCUCUUUUCCGGGCAGAACUCUAUACAAAUACCUCCAUCUCCACCUCCUCCAUCCUUCUCGCCACCUGACGCCCUCGAGCCCUCCCAAAAUGGCCACCCCCACCGUCAAAGGAACAAACCACCCCGCCUUCGCUGCCGUGCGCGCCCUCUUCGCAACAAACGUCCAAACCGGCACCGAAACCGGCGCCUCCCUCUGCGUAAGCAUCAACGGACAAACCGUCCUCGACCUCUGGGGCGGCUCCACCUCCACCUCCACCCGCCCAGCAGACUGGCAAGAAACCACCCUCGUGCCCGUCUGGUCCCUCACGAAACUCCUCACGGCCCUCAGCACACUCCUCCUCAUCGACCGGGGCCAACUCUCCCCCACCGCCGCUGUUUCAACAUACUGGCCGGCCUUCACAGCCUCCCCCAAAAUCCAAGUCCGGCAUCUCCUCAGCCACACCUCCGGCCUGGCGGGGUGGGAUGCCCCCGCCCCCAGUCCCGCCGAGAUCUACGAUAUCGAGGCGUGCACCGCGCGUCUCAUAGCGCAAGACCCCUGGUGGGAGCCGGGUACGGCGUCGGGGUACCAUAUCCUUUCCUACGGGUUCUUGCUGGGUGGGUUGAUUCGGCAGGUCACAGGCCGGGGAUUGAGCGAGUUCAUCCAUACUGAGUUGGUGGUGCCGCUUGGUGCGGAGGGGGGGUUCUAUCUCGAUGUCCCGGAGCGGGAGUGGGGUCGUAUCGCUGCGCUGGUUCCGCCGACGGCGUUUGAGAUGCCGACGCUGGAGCCGGGUAGUGUGGCGGGGAAGGCGAUACUGAGCGCGUCCGGGGCGGUGGGUGUGGAUAGCCCCCGGACGCCGGAGUUCCGGCAUGCGGAGAUGGGGGCGUCGGAUGGGUUUGGGAAUGCCCGGGCCUUGAACAAGAUUUUGGAGGUGGUGACGUUGGAGGGGGUGGUGGGUGGGAAGAGGUAUCUGAAGGAGGAGACGGUGGAGCUGAUCUUUCAGGAGCAGGUGUCGGGCGUGGAUUUGGUGCUUGGGCAGCCAGUGACGUUUGGGGUGGGCAUGGCAAUGGCCAGGCCUUCGGGGCCGAGUUGGUUGCCUGAUGGGCGCAGGGUGGGAUAUUGGACGGGCUGGGGCGGGUCGUUGGGCUUGGUCGAUGUUGAGAGGGGGGUGACGGUCACGUAUACCAUGAAUAAGAUGGAUGUGGGGUUGGUGGAGAAUGAGCGCGCCAGGCAGUAUGUGGGUGCGAUCUAUGCGGCGCUGGAGGGCUAUUUGGCGGCCGCGCAGUAGAUCCGCGGGGUUUAUAGACAGCUAGUAGCUGAAAUAAGUAUAUCGUGUGGGAGAAAGGUGGAGCUAGGGUUUGGGGUUAGCUUCAUUGCUGGUGGAUAUAUUGUGUGCUGCAUGCCUACUAGGUCCCUGGAAUACCAUUUCAUCAAUCAUCU